AUGAAGGCGUUAUCUUCAACAGAGUCUCCCCAAAGAACCAUGAGAAGGGUGUCUAAACCGGUGAUGGAAAAACGCAGACGAGAGCGGAUCAACCACAGUUUGGAGACUCUGAGGCUUCUGAUGCUUGAGAACACAAAAGAUGAGAAGUUGAAGAAUCCUAAGGUGGAGAAGGCAGAGAUUCUGGAGAGUGUGGUUCAAUUCUUAACGACAGAGAAGGACGAGCACAGGGGUCACCGGGCCAUGGAGAGGGUCCUUUCCAGGGGCCACCGAUCAAUUACUGAUAGCCGACAGAACUACAGUGAUGGCAUGAGGUCCUGUCUGCUGAGGGUCAGCCACUUUAUAAGCAGUAAGAGGCAAAGGUCAGGAGAAACGGACAAGAAUGCAGUCCAUGCCUCUUUUGCGCAUCCUAAACCCCAGACACAUCCCUCAUCUCCCGGACACAUCCCCAGGACGCUAAUACCAAGUCCUGACUCGGGAGCUCUGUCUUCGCAGCAUCUGCCACUGCAUCACUCGACCUGCCUUCCUCAUCCAUACCACAUCCAGACUGGGCUCCACUGUGACACCAUGAAGCUGCUUUCUUCCACGGCAGCCUCCACGCACAGCCCUGAUCCUGUGUGGAGGCCAUGGCCUCAGUGA